AUGGCUAAAAAUUUUGCAUGUGGACUGAUACGUGGGAAACCCCAUGAGAGUUAUACGAAAUUGCCAGCAUAUUGUCAUAUUUUGGAGAUGCAAAAUCCUGGUACACUGACAUUCAUUCAUACUAAUGAUGAUCGGCACUUCAAGUACCUUUUUAUGGCACUGGGACCAAGUAUACAUGGGUUCUUUAACUCAAUGCGAAAGGUAAUUUCUGUAGAUGGUGUAUUCUUGACAUCGAGAAUGAAAGGUGAUACAGAUGAUCUUGUGAUUAUAUCUGACCGUGCAACAUGCAUAAAAAAUAGAGUUAAAAAUGUGUUUCGAUUUGCUCAUCAUGGUAAUUGUACAUAUCAUUUGCAAAAGAACUUGAAGACAAAUUUUCCACGGUGUGAUGUUGCAACUUUGUUUAGGGCAGCGUCGGAGGCUUAUACUGUAACCGAAUUUGAGUCAUACAUGGCAACUCUAUGCAAUAAACAGGAGGGCAUCAAAAAAUAUCUAUUAGAAGAAUAUUUUCAUUAUGGGGCUAGAGUGCAUUUUACCAGGAUACGUUACAAUAUCAUUACUAUGAAUAAUGCGAAAUUUAUAAAUGGUUUGUUGAAGAGUGCUCGAGAACUUCUAAUAGUUGGUUUAAUAGAAUAUAUUCGUGGGAUACUACAAAGGUGA